AUGUUAAAAAGUAGUAUUUUACAAUUUAAAAAUGAUUUUCAAAAACAGGCAAAGUUAAUUAAAUUAAGUCAAGAAAUUUCAAAAUCAUCACCUAUGAUUAAACAAGGGUCACCAGAAAAUUCAACCAUUGGAAGUAUUAGUUAUCUUCAAAAACGUAUAAAAGAAUUAGAGGCAGAAAAUGAAAAAGAGAUAGAGGUUCUUCAAGAGGAAGAAAAUGAUUCUUUAAAUGAACUUUUAGAACUUUAUGAUACAGAUGUUCAAAGUACUGAACAUCCAGCAAUAAAUUCUGAUGGGAA